AUGCAACGUGUUUCUGAGAAAGAUGUCAGCGUGACCCAACCUGAAGGAAUGCCAAGACGUGAGGAGCAGACAGAACAGAAAGGUGACCCAAUUCCAAAAUGUAACAAUGGAGAUAAUACUUAUAAGGGAAAAACCAUCAAAGAGGUUCUUGACGCGAUGUUCGAAGAUAACGCUAAACCGGAACGCACGAAUCGCCCAAAAUCAAAGAAACAUCGCAGCCAUCGUCGUAGGAGAGGCCACUCGGACUUGGAAGAAAUUAAAAUUCUGACAGAGUUACUCAAGAAUAGCUCCGACGUUUUUCAAGCCUCUUCUUCGAAGCAGCCAACGAUUUCGGAUAGAAAGAAAUCUCGUGAGGAUAUUGCAAUGGAGACUGUCGGACCCAAACAAGAGCACGCUGUUGAUGUUGAUGAAGAAGUCUCCAAUGUGCUUGGCAAAAUGAAUUUGAUAAAUGAGAACUCUGUGGGCGAAGCUAUGGACCAGUUUUAA